AUGUCAUCCCUCCAUCCUAUCGUUCAUCUGUCAUCCCUCCAUCCUAUCGUUCAUCUGUCAUCCCUCCAUCCUAUCGUUCAUCUGUCAUCCCUCCAUCCUAUCGUUCAUCUGUCAUCCCUCCAUCCUGUCAUUCAUCUGUCAUCCUUCCAUCCUAUCGUUCAUCUGUCAUCCCUCCAUCCUAUCGUUCAUCUGUCAUCCCUCCAUCCUAUCGUUCAUCUGUCAUCCUUCAUCAUCCCUAUAUCGUUCAUCUGUCAUCCCUCCAUCCUAUCGUUCAUCUGUCAUCCCUCCAUCCUAUCGUUCAUCUGUCAUCCCUCCAUCCUAUCGUUCAUCUGUCAUCCCUCCAUCCUAUCGUUCAUCUGUCAUCCCUCCAUCCUAUCGUUCAUCUGUCAUCCCUCCAUCCUAUCGUUCAUCUGUCAUCCUUCCAUCCUAUCGUUCAUCUGUCAUCCUUCCAUCCUAUCGUUCAUCUGUCAUCCCUCCAUCCUAUCGUUCAUCUGUCAUCCCUCCAUCCUAUCGUUCAUCUGUCAUCCCUCCAUCCUAUCGUUCAUCUGUCAUCCUUCCAUCCUAUCGUUCAUCUGUCAUCCUUCCAUCCUAUCGUUCAUCUGUCAUCCCUCCAUCCUAUCGUUCAUCUGUCAUCCCUCCAUCCUAUCGUUCAUCUGUCAUCCCUCGAUACUAUCUUUCAUCUGUCAUCCCUCCAUCCUAUCGUUCAUCUAUCAUCCCUCCAUACUAUUGUUCAUCUGUCAUCCCUCAAUCCUAUCGUUCAUCUGUCAUCCCUCCAUCCUAUCGUUCAUCUGUCAUCCCUCCAUCCUAUCGUUCAUCUAUCAUCCCUCCAUCCUGUCGUUCAUCUGUCAUCCCUCCAUCCAUCGUUCAUCUGUCAUCCCUCCAUCCUAUCGUUCAUCUGUCAUCCCUCCAUCCUAUCGUUCAUCUAUCAUCCCUCCAUCCUAUUGUUCAUCUGUCAUCCCUCCAUCCUAUCGUUCAUCUGUCAUCCCUCCAUCCUAUCGUUCAUCUGUCAUCCCUCCAUCCUAUCGUUCAUCUGUCAUCCCUCCAUCCUAUCGUUCAUCUGUCAUCCCUCCAUCCUAUCGUUCAUAUGUCAUCCCUCCAUCCUAUCGUUCAUCUGUCAUCCCUCCAUCCUAUCGUUCAUCUGUCAUCCCUCCAUCCUAUCGUUCAUCUGUCAUCCCUCCAUCCUAUCGUUCAUCUGUCAUCCCUCCAUCCUAUCGUUCAUCUGUCAUCCCUCCAUCCUAUCGUUCAUCUGUCAUCCCUCCAUCCUAUCGUUCAUCUGUCAUCCCUCCAUCCUAUCGUUCAUCUGUCAUCCUCCAACCUAUCGUUCAUCUGUCAUCCUUCCAUCCUAUCGUUCAUCUGUCAUCCUCCAUCCUAUCGUUCAUCUGCCAUCCCUCCAUCCUAUCGUUCAUCUGUCAUCCCUCCAUCCUAUCGUUCAUCUGUCAUCCCUUCAUCCUAUCGUUCAUCUGUCAUCCCUCCAUCCUAUCGUUCAUCUGUCAUCCCUCCAUCCUAUCGUUCAUCUGUCAUCCCUCCAUCCUAUCGUUCAUCUGUCAUCCCUCCAUCCUAUCGUUCAUCUGUCAUCCUUCCAUCCUAUCGUUCAUCUGUCAUCCCUCCAUCCUAUCGUUCAUCUGUCAUCCCUCCAUCCUAUCGUUCAUCUGUCAUCCCUCCAUCCUAUCGUUCAUCUGUCAUCCCUCCAUCCUAUCGUUCAUCUGUCAUCCCUCCAUCCUAUCGUUCAUCUGUCAUCCCUCCAUCCUAUCGUUCAUCUGUCAUCCUCCAUCCUAUCUGUCAUCUCACUAUGUUCAUCUGUCAUCCUCCAUCCUAUCGUUCAUCUGUCAUCCCUCCAUCCUAUCGUUCAUCUGUCAUCCUUCCAUCCUAUCGUUCAUCUGUCAUCCCUCCAUCCUAUCGUUCAUCUGUCAUCCCUCCAUCCUAUCGUUCAUCUGUCAUCCCUCCAUCCUAUCGUUCAUCUGUCAUCCCUCCAUCCUAUCGUUCAUCUGUCAUCCCUCCAUCCUAUCGUUCAUCUGUCAUCCCUCCAUCCUAUCGUUCAUCUGUCAUCCCUCCAUCCUAUCGUUCAUCUGUCAUCCUCCAUCCUAUCGUUCAUCUGUCAUCCUCCAUCCUAUCGUUCAUCUGUCAUCCCUCCAUCCUAUCGUUCAUCUGUCAUCCCUCCAUCCUAUCGUUCAUCUGUCAUCCCUCCAUCCUAUCGUUCAUCUGUCAUCCCUCCAUCCUAUCGUUCAUCUGUCAUCCCUCCAUCCUAUCGUUCAUCUGUCAUCCCUCCAUCCUAUCGUUCAUCUGUCAUCCCUCCAUCCUAUCGUUCAUCUGUCAUCCCUCCAUCCUAUCGUUCAUCUGUCAUCCCUCCAUCUAUCGUUCAUCUGUCAUCCCUCCAUCCUAUCGUUCAUCUGUCAUCCCUCCAUCCUAUCGUUCAUCUGUCAUCCCUCCAUCCUAUCGUUCAUCUGUCAUCCCUCCAUCCUAUCGUUCAUCUGUCAUCCCUCCAUCCUAUCGUUCAUCUGUCAUCCCUCCAUCCUAUCGUUCAUCUGUCAUCCCUCCAUCCUAUCGUUCAUCUGUCAUCCCUCCAUCCUAUCGUUCAUCUGUCAUCCCUCCAUCCUAUCGUUCAUCUGUCAUCCCUCCAUCCUAUCGUUCAUCUGUCAUCCCUCCAUCCUAUCGUUCAUCUGUCAUCCCUCCAUCCUAUCGUUCAUCUGUCAUCCCUCCAUCCUAUCGUUCAUCUGUCAUCCCUCCAUCCUAUCGUUCAUCUGUCAUCCCCUCCAUCCUAUCGUUCAUCUGUCAUCCCUCCAUCCUAUCGUUCAUCUGUCAUCCCUCCAUCCUAUCGUUCAUCUGUCAUCCCUCCAUCCUAUCGUUCAUCUGUCAUCCCUCCAUCCUAUCGUUCAUCUGUCUGUCCCUCCAUCCUAUCGUUCAUCUGUCAUCCUCCAUCCUAUCGUUCAUCUGUCAUCCCUCCAUCCUAUCGUUCAUCUGUCAUCCCUCCAUCCUAUCGUUCAUCUGUCAUCCCUCCAUCCUAUCGUUCAUCUGUCAUCCUCCAUCCUAUCGUUCAUCUGUCAUCCCUCCAUCCUAUCGUUCAUCUGUCAUCCAUCCAUCCUAUCGUUCAUCUGUCAUCCCUCCAUCCUAUCGUUCAUCUGUCAUCCCUCCAUCCUAUCGUUCAUCUGUCAUCCUCCAUCCUAUCGUUCAUCUGUCAUCCCUCCAUCCUAUCGUUCAUCUGUCAUCCCUCCAUCCUAUCGUUCAUCUGUCAUCCCUCCAUCCUAUCGUUCAUCUGUCAUCCCUCCAUCCUAUCGUUCAUCUGUCAUCCCUCCAUCCUAUCGUUCAUCUGUCAUCCCUCCAUCCUAUCGUUUAUCUGUCAUCCCUCCAUCCUAUCGUUCAUCUGUCAUCCCUCCAUCCUAUCGUUCAUCUGUCAUCCCUCCAUCCUAUCGUUCAUCUGUCAUCCCUCCAUCCUAUCGUUCAUCUGUCAUCCCUCCAUCCUAUCGUUCAUCUGUCAUCCCUCCAUCCUAUCGUUCAUCUGUCAUCCCUCCAUCCUAUCGUUCAUCUAUCGUUCAUCCAUCCCUCCAUCCUAUCGUUCAUCUGUCAUCCCUCCAUCCUAUCGUUCAUCUGUCAUCCCUCCAUCCUAUCGUUCAUCUGUCAUCCCUCCAUCCUAUCGUUCAUCUGUCAUCCUCCAUCCUAUCGUUCAUCUGUCAUCCCUCCAUCCUAUCGUUAUCUGUCUCAUCUGUCAUCCCUCCAUCCUAUCGUUCAUCUGUCAUCCCUCCAUCCUAUCGUUCAUCUGUCAUCCCUCCAUCCUAUCGUUCAUCUGUCAUCCCUCCAUCCUAUCGUUCAUCUGUCAUCCAUCCAUCCUAUCGUUCAUCUGUCAUCCCUCCAUCCUAUCGUUCAUCUGUCAUCCUUCCAUCCUAUCGUUCAUCUGUCAUCCCUCCAUCCUAUCGUUCAUCUGUCAUCCUCCAUCCUAUCGUUCAUCUGUCAUCCCUCCAUCCUAUCGUUCAUCUGUCAUCCUCCAUCCUAUCGUUCAUCUGUCAUCCUCCAUCCUAUCGUUCAUCUGUCAUCCCUCCAUCCUAUCGUUCAUCUGUCAUCCCUCCAUCCUAUCGUUCAUCUGUCAUCCUUCCAUCCUAUCGUUCAUCUGUCAUCCUUCCAUCCUAUCGUUCAUCUGUCAUCCCUCCAUCCUAUCGUUCAUCUGUCAUCCCUCCAUCCUAUCGUUCAUCUGUCAUCCAUCCAUCCUAUCGUUCAUCUGUCAUCCCUCCAUCCUAUCGUUCAUCUGUCAUCCCUCCAUCCUAUCGUUCAUCUGUCAUCCCUCCAUCCUAUCGUUCAUCUGUCAUCCUUCCAUCCUAUCGUUCAUCUGUCAUCCUCCAUCCUAUCGUUCAUCUGUCAUCCUCCAUCCUAUCGUUCAUCUGUCAUCCCUCCAUCCUAUCGUUCAUCUGUCAUCCCUCCAUCCUAUCGUUCAUCUGUCAUCCUCCAUCCCUAUCGUUCAUCUGUCAUCCUCCAUCCUAUCGUUCAUCUGUCAUCCUCCAUCCUAUCGUUCAUCUGUCAUCCUUCCAUCCUAUCGUUCAUCUGUCAUCCUUCCAUCCUAUCGUUCAUCUGUCAUCCUCCAUCCUAUCGUUCAUCUGUCAUCCUCCAUCCUAUCGUUCAUCUGUCAUCCUUCCAUCCUAUCGUUCAUCUGUCAUCCUUCCAUCCUAUCGUUCAUCUGUCAUCCCUCCAUCCUAUCGUUCAUCUGUCAUCCCUCCAUCCUAUCGUUCAUCUGUCAUCCCUCCAUCCUAUCGUUCAUCUGUCAUCCUUCCAUCCUAUCGUUCAUCUGUCAUCCCUCCAUCCUAUCGUUCAUCUGUCAUCCCUCCAUCCUAUCGUUCAUCUGUCAUCCUUCCAUCCUAUCGUUCAUCUGUCAUCCCUCCAUCCUAUCGUUCAUCUGUCAUCCCUCCAUCCUAUCGUUCAUCUGUCAUCCCUCCAUCCUAUCGUUCAUCUGUCCAUCCCUCCAUCCUAUCGUUCAUCUGUCAUCCCUCCAUCCUAUCGUUCAUCUGUCAUCCUAUCCUAUUCAUCUGUCAUCCCUCCAUCCUAUCGUUCAUCUGUCAUCCCUCCGAUUUUCUUCACUGCAAAUAG